AUGGAGAUUUGGUUUUGUUUGCCAAAGGUUGGAUGGUACAAUGCUGUUCUCCAGCCAGCCUUUCACCUCCCCUACCCGGAUGACACGCUGGCCUUCGUGGUCCUCAGCACGCCUUCAAUGUUUGACAAAGCUCUUAAACCUUUUUUGAACAAAGAACGGUUAAAAAUUAUCAGGGAUCCUGUGGAUCAGUGUGUUUCUCAUCAUUUAUCACGUGUGAAGGAGAAAUUCCCUGACCAGAAGGUGGACAUCAUCUUUGAUUAUGAGAUUCUGCCGAGCCGAAAGCCCAAGUUCUUGGCACAGACAGCUGCCCAUGUUGCUGGAGCAGCAUAUUACUACCAAAGGAAGGAUGUGAAGCUUGAUCCUUGGGGGAAAAAGAAGAUCUAUGGUGUAUGUAUCCAUCCCAAGUAUGGCGGCUGGUUUGCUAUCCGGGGUCUCCUCCUGUUCCCAGAUAUUCAGGUACUGUUCCUGAAACAGUCUGCCCCUGUUGACUGUGUGAGCACAGAGGAGAAACGAAUUGAGCUGCUCGAGCAAUUCAAUUACCACUGGCAGGACGGCCGCUACAGGGACAUCAUUGAAGUGAAGGAAAAGUAUUCAGAGGAGCAAAAAACCUAUUUUGCCACUCCUCCAGCGGAGAGGUUCAGACUGCUAGGGCUAGCCCAGGGAAGCACAUUUCACUGGGUGACAUGGCUCCAUGAAGGGGCAGAGGGCAAGCAAAGCGUAGCUCAUCUGUGA